AUGACGCCAGAUUUCGGUUCUGGUGGGUUGCUGGAGGAUUGUUUGACGACCAACGGACACGAACUCGAGGCAGCCGUAGAGGUCUUUCGGGACGUCGAGGCUCUCCUCGGGCUGGCUCAGGAACUCGCAAACCGAAAGGCGUCCACGAGCGACUUUCAACCUUCGGACGGACUUUCCACUCAAGAGAAUGCAAUCGUACUGAUCGAGCGUUUGUAUGGACACGACAUCGCGGUUGCCGUCCAGCUGGCAUGUGACUGCUUUCAUCACACAGACGAUGCCUCCUUGCUUCCACCUGCCCAGCUCACCCUUUGCCUAGACGUCCUCUGGAUGCUCGCUGUUGCAGCUGGAGCCGGCACUGGACCUGUGGAGGAAGUUCAAACAGGCGGCACUUUCAGCGGUUCCGUGGACUCCUCUACGUCCACGCUAAUCGGUCAGAGAAGUAAACGUAGCAGUGUGAGCAGUGUCUUGCCUGAAGUUGAGCAGAGUUACACAAGAACACCUGCUCUCGAUCGAUGGCUCGCAAGGCAGGACGAGCGCCUAUUAGCUUGGUGUCAGGACGUAACUGGCUCACCAGAUCUGUUUAACUACAAGGCGCGCCUGGAAAAAUCGCCAUUGCAAAACUUAGGACUAGCAUUUCACCUCAUCACAAAGGAAUUUGCGGUGCCCCGUCUUCUGGAAACUGAGGAUCUCUGCUCCCUCGACGCCAUCGACGCACGAUCCGUCGCCAUUUACCUAACUGAACUUCGCUCAGCUGUUGAAAAUGACAGAAAGCGGAGAAACAGACCGAGUUUUGAAAUCUGCACAGCUGCAAUGGAGAACCUGCUACAAGUAGGUCCCAAUCUGGAGCUUGACCCUGGCGUUACAGUCACCGUUACAACAACCUCCUCUCGAAGCUCCUCUCCCACGGCCUCAGAAUUAACUUUCUGUUCCGAAGACGCAAGUGAACCUGAGAACAUCAACCAACUUGAAGAUUCUCAACUUACGCUGGCCGAUUUUCAGCACAGUGUUGAACGAAAUCUUGCGUGGAUGCUCUCCAUGGAAGAAAGAUUGGGAAACAACUUUCAGGAUCUGCAGCCCUUUUUUGGAGACAAGAAGGGCGAAGAAAAUAUCGUCUUUGAAGAUAAGACUGCGAUUCAAGAAGCAAGGGACAUUACUGCCUUAGAAAAUUCACAAAUCCUUGACGUUUCCUCUUUGGCUGAGGGAUUUCUCACUCGGUUGGAGGCCGCUAGGAAACAGUUCAACACUCAUGAAGAUCUCACUGCUCACCUAGCUAAACAUCAGGCAACCGUGAGUCGUUGCCUACGUUACGGCCACCGACUUGUAAACCUCGUGGAAAGGGUUCAACGGAUGUCUGCCACGAGUCGCUCUUCUACCAGUGUUGAUGAAUUUAACAAUGAGAGGUCCCCGAUGGAACACCUUCGGUCUGUCCAGUCUUCUGAGGUGUUACUGAUGGCCAGCGUUCUCCAUGCUCGGUGGACGAAUCUCAGUAAAGCAACUGAGAUGGGCAAUCAGUUUCUUGCAAAUUGCCUAUUAAAAAGACAGGAAGCCUUGUUACGAGCCGUGGAGAUACAGCUUGGAAAGCUUGAGUGGGAAAAAGACCGACAGGAAACAGAGCGAUUUGGGUGCAGUAUUCAAGAGCUGAAGUCACAACUAAGUGCCAAUCGACGCCUAGAAACGUGCAUCGAAGCCAGCGAGGGCCUGGCGCAGCGCAUGCAGGACAUCGUCAUUCUGGUCCCCUCCGAGACACCGGACGCGCGGGACGCGGACUUGGAGGACCGUAUUGCCGCACUGGCGACUCGUUGGAGUCGCUUGGUCGAAUGGGUUCACACGCACUACGCUCAGCUGCAAAACGCCCUGCUGCACUGGCGUCACUUUGAGGAAGAGGCCGAGGUUCUUGCAGACUGGCUUGGCCAAAUAGAAAAGGAAGUCCACACUAUCGAGCUAUCAAAAGCCCAAGAAAUUCAGGAGAAAACAGAGAAGAGGGAAGCGACUGCAGAAGUGGCGACUGCACCUCUAUGUGAAGUGAAUCUUGCUGAUUUGGCCGUUUCGGAAGCAGUAGUGGCCUGCAUUUCUCGUUACGAGACGCGUUGGGCCCAGCUAUUGGCGAGUCUGGAUAGACGCGCUCGGACCGUGCGCGAGGCCUGUGGCGAUUCAAUAGAGGUGCAACGAGCGGUUGAGUCACGUGUGGACGCUCUUGUUUCACAUUGGACUCAGCUUACAGAACCACUACCUGACUGGGAAGAGGACUCGAAUUGUAACGCAUUUAGGACUAUCACUCCCUCCGCGGUGAUGGAGGCGGAACACUCUGAAGUCAAUUUACGUCAAAGAACUGCGAAAGAUGAGGGAAAGAGAAUUGCUGAGGGCACCGCAAGUGGUCACCCGGAGAAACGUAUUAGUCUUGAUUCAGGUCGCGUUGCUUUGAUCCCAACGGGGUACCGAGCCGAAUUCGAACGUCGGGCUGAAAAACUUCUAAACUGGCUUGAUUCCAGAGCAGAAGCUCUGGAAUUAGUAACCAUGCAGAAGUCCGACCAGGGAGCGCAAAUUGAAGGGAAUACAAGCCAAAGCAAUAAUCAGGCUCCAGAGUCCCUUAAUGAAGUGCUAGAGCGUGUUGGAAAUGAACUUUCCGACGCCAAAGAAAACAUGGCACUUGUCUAUUCCCUGGGAGAGCGAUACCGAAAAGAUUUGAGCCAAGCUGGAGAAAAUGUAGACGAGUUGGAUCAAUUGUUCGAUGACAUUGACGAAAGAUGGGCCCUUCUUGACCAACUCUUCAAGAAAGCCACCCUGGAGUCAAACGCGCAAAACGCAGGUCUUCAGAAGGUCGCUUCGCCUGAAACAAAAUCCCAUUCGUCAGCGCACUCUACUCCCCAAAAUAUUUGUGAAUCUGUGGAGACCUUCAGAAAGUGGCUUCAAAAUGCGAAAGACGAAGCGACCUGCUCCAUUAAGUGCGAAGAUGGAAACCAACUGGAUAAUGUCAUAGCAAAUUUCACUCGCACAGUCCAAUUGCAACCUCGGACGUCGAUAAUUGAGCAAUUUCUUGCAACUUUGACAACGCCAGACAUGAAAGAAUUGACCGAAAAGUGGCAACAGCUCCGGCAGUUGAUUAAUGAACGAAUUACUGUGUUGCACAACCUCUGCGAAAACCACGACAUGUUCAUACCGCCUUGCGGAGUUGAUGAUGCCACUCGAGUCGCGAAGUUGUGCACCCGCUCCGUAGUUCGACUGAAGUGCAUGCAAGGGCCCCACCUCCCACCGCCGGUGACUACGUGGUGCACAAACAAACCAUGCACGCUUGUGAAGAGCCGACACGUUGCGUUUUCCAUUAAGUCGUGCGGCGCACAGCCCCCACUACUCUUGAACUUUGUCACUUACCCAUAG